CUGAGUGCUGAGCAGGGACCAACGGUGGAUGAGGGAGAGCAUCAUCCACAGCAGUUGGGCGCAGGACCGAAGCAUGCCCCAGGGCAGCCAUGACUUGCUCGGCUUCAGACAGCGAGAAGAUUGUGAUAAACUGCGGCGGGAUCCGACACGAAACCUACCGGAGCACUUUGAAGACAUUGCCCGGGACGCGUUUGUCUUGGCUGACCGAGCCCGAUGCCUUCAGCAACUUCGAUUACGACCCUAAGUCGGACGAAUUCUUUUUCGAUCGCCAUCCAGCUACCUUCGCUUUCAUCCUAAAUUACUACCGCACGGGUAAGCUCCAUUGUCCGAACGAUGUCUGUGGACCAUUAUUUGAAGAGGAGCUCGCCUUUUGGGGCAUUGAUGAGACUGACGUGGAGGCGUGCUGCUGGAUGAACUACAGGCAGCACCGCGACGCAGAGGAAGCCUUGGACAGCUUUGAGACUCCGGAGCCAGACGUACCUGAGGAUGACCCGGCGCUCACCGGCGGAGUGGAUGGAGACCUAAAGCGGCUUUGCAUGCAGGAGGACGGCCGCAAAGCGACUUGGUGGGAAGUAUGGCAGCCCAGAAUGUGGGCGCUGUUCGAGGACCCUUACUCCUCCAAAUACGCCCGGUAUGUGGCCUUGGCCUCGCUGUUCUUCAUCCUUCUCUCGAUCUCCACCUUCUGCUUGGAGACCCAUGAGGCUUUCAAUACCAUCUACAACAAAACAGAGAAUGUCACUACUGGCAACGUAACACAUGAGGAGAUUGUAUAUGAAGUUGUGACAGAUGGCUGGCUGACAUAUGUGGAGGGUGUCUGUGUCAUCUGGUUCACCAUUGAGGUGGUGGCCCGGGUCAUCUUUUGCCCUGACAAGGCAGAGUUCUUCCGUAGCACCCUUAACAUCAUAGACUUUGUGGCUAUUGUUCCCUUUUACCUGGAGGUAGCACUUAGUGGCCUAUCCUCUAAAACAGCCAAAGAUGUGUUGAGCUUCCUACGUGUGGUACGUUUUGUCCGUAUCCUGCGUAUAUUCAAGCUAACCCGCCAUUUUGUCGGUUUACGGGUUUUGGGCCACACUUUGCGGGCAAGUACCAAUGAGUUCUUGUUGCUAAUCAUUUUCCUGGCACUGGGCGUCCUCAUCUUUGCUACUAUGAUCUACUAUGCUGAACGUAUUGGAGCUGACCCUAAGGAUCCAACUGCUGCAGCCCACACCGACUUUAAGAACAUUCCCAUUGGCUUCUGGUGGGCUGUGGUGACAAUGACUACUCUUGGAUAUGGAGAUAUGUACCCGAAAACAUGGUCGGGAAUGCUAGUGGGUGCCCUAUGUGCCUUGGCUGGUGUGCUAACCAUUGCUAUGCCUGUGCCUGUUAUUGUCAACAACUUUGGGAUGUACUACUCACUGGCCAUGGCAAAGCAGAAGCUUCCAAAGAAAAGGAACAAGCACAUCCCAAGAGCGCCACAGCCAGGAAGUCCUAAUUACUGCAAGCCAGAUGCUCUGGCAAUGGCAACUGCUUCUCCACAUAGAUUAAUGGGCAAUGUAAUUGGGCCAGGCUUGGUGGAAUCUGGAAGCAUGAUAGGUACUGGAGACUGUCCAUUGGCACAGGAAGAGAUCAUUGAAAUUAACAGAGCAGACUCUAAGCAGAAUGGUGAUGCAGCUGCCAAUGCAGCAGCUCUGGCCAAUGAGGACUGUCCUACCAUAGACCAGGUUCUUGGGGAUGAGCGCAGUCCAGUCACUGGAGGACUUGGCUCUAACACCAGCCGUGAACGGUACCCACACGACCGUGCCUGCUUUCUUCUGAGUGCUGGGGAGUUUCAGCGAACCACAGAUGGGAACGUUCGGAAAGUGCUGAGCUUCUAACUCAACCAACACUUUCUCAUCAUGAAGAGGACAACAGUAAAUAUCUCAUGUGCUGCUGUUCGACUUUUUUCCUAAUAUUUUCAGUGCAGAAGCUGAAAAAUUAUCAAGAGGAAAAAACGGAGUUUUACGUUCUCACUACUUCCAUUAUCAUAUUCUACAGAAAAGAGGUAUGAAAUCCUUCCACCACUUUUGAAGCAAACGAAGCACAGAAGAAGCUUCACAAAUGAAUAUCAUGAGAGUUGGGUCUGGAGGUCACUAUUCCCACAGUUCCAUAUAAUUAUUGCUUUACAGAUGACAUAUUUUGUUUGAAGGAACUCCAGUCAUAUCUUUUGGUUUAUGUAGCUGUUAGAUCAGUUCAGCUCUACUGAGGACGAUAAAAGCUGAACUAAGCUUCCUACUGCUCCACUCACACUGAUCUGUACUCAGCUACCAGACCUACAAGAAAACACUGAAGUCUAGUAGAUUUCAGAAAAUACAAGCCAUCUUUCCAAUCUUGCAGUGCAUUUUGAAUGUCUUCUUGACAUGUCCCUAAAGUCCUAAUGCUGUCCAUUUUCACCAACUUUGACAGAAUUUAACCAAAGACAGACACUUGGAUGGACAAAUCAGAUGGUACAAGCAGGAGCUCACUCAAAUUCUCAUGACAAGCAAGAGUCUUUCACUGAGGAUUAAGAUUUAACUGGAUCAUUUUUGCUUUUUCCAACAUUAUGAUAUCUUUCCAUGCCACCUCCACCACCUUCUCUGCAACUCAGCAUUGAAGCUGCUCCUCACCUCCAGAAAAUGUUGCAUGGCAUGAAUUGAAACAAUUUAAAACAGGAAAAUGCAAUCAGAGGAAUGAAUAAAAUCCAGAGAAUAGGUCAGUGGGUGAAAUAUUAUAUAUUUUUCCACUUAGUAAUUUUAGAAAAAAAUGCAUAUUUUGCCUUGAACCCCACGACUUGCUGUUAAAAUAAUAAGAAAAAAAAAACAUAUCCUACUGAAAACAGCACUUUCUGGAGACACAAUGAAUGAAGAAGCACUUCUGUGUCCUUUUUUUUUCAAAUGAAGAGGAACAGAGAUCCUGCAGACCAUGCUCCUCCCGGAAUGUGAAAGAAGAUAAACUUUAAGACAGCAGGUUGUCAGCAAUAUUAGAACAUCUCUGCUAAGCUAUUCUAGGAACAGAAAUGACAAUGACUUUUCAAGACAUUGUUUACCAGCAUGAAUAUUUUGCAUGACUCCUGCAAGUCACUCUGAUCUCUCCUUAUGAAUAAUAAUUCUACAAAUUUAAGUGUGUUUACUUUAAACUGUGUUUAAAUGCCACAGACUGUACUGACAAAACAUUCAUUUUUGGAUGUAAUAAGAUCCCUAUGCUCAAAAAAUUCUGUGCUUGCUACAAAAAAGAUAGCUACAUCAUACAUGGAAACCCUUUUAAAAAAAUUCAAGUAUAUGUUCUAGUUUAUUAGAACAUUCUAGUACAUUCUUCUGUUUCUCAUACUAUUUCCAAUAUGGCUGUUUUUUUACUUUCUCCCCACAGCAGUUCUUCCUAUUUUUCUUCUUGUAGCUUUUACUCAAACUUUGAACUAUACAAUGGCAGCUGUGUGUGCCUGUGCCAGUUACCGGAUGCAAACAUAUUAUUUUAAACUAAACUGUGCUGUCACUGUUUCUGAGAGUCUGAGCUGAAAGUGUCUACUGUCCCUUUAUGUGGUUCUUCCUGUCUGACCCCGGUAUCUAUGGUAUUAACCUGUUCCAUGUAUUUCCAGAGGGAUUUUUCCCACCACAGCUUUUCUGUUUGUUUAUUUGACAUUAUAAUAUGUCUUUGUCAGGUACUGGGAUUAAUAACUUCAGAACAAUAAUAACAAUAAUAUAUGUUGUGCAAGUUGCAUAAAAAAGACCUUAAAUUAAGAACAAACACACAGAUGUAGGCAAUAUUUUAGGCAAAUCUAUGUCACAAAGCUGGCAUAGUAUUAACAUUUGAAACUUCUAGUUCAAAUACUUUUCCAGCCCUUCAGUUUUACUGCCAAAGUACACUACUGGCCAAAAAAACCCAGUCACCUUCUGAAUCUAACUAAGCAAAAAGGUUCGAGCCUCCUGUUGGAUGAUUAAUGCAUGGGCAAUUAUGUUUCAGCUGGCAACGAGUUAUUUAACCCCAACUGGUGCAAUGAGUUGCUUCUCAUUUCAACCUGGAGAGACUCACACAGAGAAAAACAGCAAUUAGAAAGUUUUAUUGACUUAAAUGAAUUAAAGUUCUUUGGCAGUCGAACCCUGGCAGAAGACAUUGUGCUGUGAAUUGCGAUAAGCUUGUUAUGAAUUAGCGAUGAUGAUUUGAGACGUCUUCCCCUGGGGCCCAUACACUGGAGGUCGGAAAAAGGAAUGUAGCCUGAAGGAGCCAGGAGCAGAGAGGUGGAGAAGGGGUGGAGGUGGACUGAGCAUGGCUGGAAAGCAGAUGGUAUCAUGGAUGAAGAUCCUCAUAAAUGGAUGAGUGAAUGAUGAUUGGCUGUGACGGGGCAUGGUCCAAUGCUAAUAGGCUGUGGUGUAUGAACAACAGCCUAUCAGGUGGUUGACCUGUGUCAUCCACCUGCGAUUGGCUGACACAGGUGAGGCUGAAGAGUUUUUCUGUUUGAAUUUACGUCUAGGCUUCAUUUCUUAAACAACCACGUCUAAAGACAAAUCCUGUGGUCGUGGAAAAGAUGUCAGUCUGUUUGAGAAGGUCAAAUCAUUGAUAUGCAUCAAGCAGAGAAAACAUCUAAAGAGAUUUCUUAAACUACUGAAACUGGGUCAAGAACUGUCCAACGCAUUGUUAAAAACUAUAAGGAUAAUUGAGACCAAUCAUCUUCAAGGAAGAAAUGCGGCUGGAAAGAAAUCCUGAAUAAUUGUGAUCGGCAAUCACCUAAAUGUUUUGGUGAAAUGAAAUUAAAGAAAAACAGUAGAACCCAGUCUAUGUUUAACAGUGAAAGUAAAAACAUUUCCACACACAGAAUGUGAAGGGAAGUCAAGGGACUGGGACUGAACAGCUCUAUAGCUUUGAGAAAACCACUGAUCAGUGAAGCUAACCAGAAAAAAAGCUUCAAUCUGCUAGGGAGCAUAAAGAUUGGACUCUGGAGCAAUGGAAGUAGGUCAUGUGGUCUGAUGAGUCCAGAUUUACCCUGAGUUCCAGAGUGAUGGGUGCAGCAGAGUAAGAAGAGAGACAGGUGAAGUGAUUACCCAUCAUGCCUAGUGAUUACUGUACAAGCCUGUGGGGGCAGUGCUAUGAUCUGGAGUUUCUGCAGUUGGUCUGGUCUAGGUUCAGCAACAACAUGUGCUCACAGAAUGAGGUCAGCUGAUUACCUGAAUGUACUGAAUGACCAGGUUAUUUUAUCACCCCUGAUGACAGGGAAUAUUCCAAGAUGGAUUUAUGGGGGUUGAAUUGUAAAAGACUAGUUCAGGGAGCAUGAGACAUCAUUUUCACACAUAGAUUGGUCACAACAGAGUCCAGACCUUAACCCCAUUGAGAUGUGCUGGAGAAGGCUUUGCACAUCAGUCAGACUCUAUCAUCAUCAAUGCAAGACCUUGGUGAAACUGGAUAGAAAUAAAUCUUGUCACAUUCCAGAAGCUUAUCGAAACAAUGCCACAGUGGAUGUGUUCUGUAAUCAAAGCUAAUGACGGUCCAACAAAAUAUUAGAGUAUGUGAAUUUUUUUGGCCAGGCAAUGUAUAAAGUAGGGUCAUUGACUUGUCUAGAUAUCCAUACAUACAAAUUAAAAAAAAAAACUUUAAAAAUGAACUCACAGCAUUUAGUUACAGAAUGAUCCAAUAAAAUGAAAUGUAUCUCCCAACAUUCAUAGAAACUCCUUUAUUUAUUGUCAAACAAGCAGUCGUAUUGAACUAAGGUUUCCAUUCAAAUUCAGAUGUUGCUCUUAGGUUUUCCCUGAAAAAGGCAUGAAUUUCCUCAAGCUAUGUAUAACUUACACAAGUGUAUCAUUAAUACAUUUUGGAAAUAAGCAACAAGUCCAAAAACAGCAAAAAAUGUGUGUAAUGAAGCCAACUGAAGGAGUUUAGAAUUUUCUGUGUGCAAACAAAAACUCUCUGUCAGGAACUGGGACUGAAGCAAGUGAAACGUUUUAGAGGAAGUGGAAGAUUCUUGCUUUGUUUUUUGUUUUGUUACCAGCAGCUCAGAGUGGAAACCAAUUGAUUUGCUUUCAUCAUGUUAAAAAGACAACAGUAUGUUUUCCUGAAAUGAGUUGGGUCUGUGAGCUGCUAAUUCACUCAAGUACAGCAAUUAAUAAGAAAAGAAAUGGUGCAAUAACAAUAGAGGCAGAAAUGUCGAGUAAAAACAAAACAAAAAAACCUUGAUAAGUUGAGAGGAUAUUGAUUUGGCCAACUACCCACAGCAUUUCAUCAACCUUCUGGAUAGAUUGAGAACAAUUUUAUAUCAGACACAUUUAUUUUUGCAGUUAUUUGAUACUCAAAUUUCACCUGAAGAUUUGUAUAAUAUACAGUAUAUGUUCUGUAUCAUGUAGUGUUUGGUUUGUCUGAAGGUGCUGUGUGUGAGCUGUUCUGGAGUUGUGACAGCAAAUUUAUUGGAAACUUUAAAGUGAAAUAGAGAGUCCAUGUCAGCAAUGAGGGUUCAGGUCUAUUCAUCUCUUUGCCUUUGCAUAAUGUGGACUUUUGGUCCUUCCAUAUAAGGAUGGGGUAUUUACCACAAGACAUUUCAUACUAUGCAUUCUAUGACAUUUCAUACUAUGCAUUCUAUGACAUUUCAUACUAUGCAGUCAUCAUGGGACUAUUAUUCAUGUCUAAUUCAGUCACCAAUGAUUUCAAGUCAUUUUCUAUAAUCUAAGACUAGUCUACUGUCAGAAAAUGCAAUUAUCUGUCUGCAUGAAGCAAUCUAUUUUGAUUUGAUCAAAAUAUUGAAACAUAAUGAUACUUCAAUCAAUAAGCCCAAAUGGGGAUCAGAACUAGGUUUAAUGGAAACAGGGUUUUACUUUAAGUCUUCAGAAAAUAGACAAAUACAUUCAAAUAAAUGUGAAAUUUUCUUUAUAAUUCACCAGAACAUUUAACUACCUAGAAGUAUAACCUGAUACCCAACAGAUGUGUAAAUGAAAUGGUGUGCUGAGUGGUAUGUCAGGUGACUGAGUUGGGACAAAAUGGCAGCUCAAGUGUAUGGAUUGAGGUAUAAAUUGGCAAAGGGGUAAAUUGACCUGGAGCCUGAAAAUCGUCUCAGUAUUCUGUUUUUUUUUCUUUGUUCUUUUAUCAUGUGUAUGCCUUUUAUUUUGCACCACAUAAACUUUCAAAAUAUUUUAUCUAAAUUUUCCUCCCCAGCAUCUUGCUUUCCUCUAAGAAAGUUAAGUAAAUAAUGAUUAAAAAUCUCUCGACAGUAAUACACAAGAAAUGAUGUUAAAUAUUUCUUUGCUAAGGGCUAUAGAAGUCUUUCUAGAAUUCUAGUACUUUUGGUAAACUUGCUAUAAAAGUAUUUCCUAAUGUUUUGCAAUGAAAGUUUAUACAAAAUCUUCGCUUGAAAUAUUUAAAUCAGGGUUGAUUUUGGUUGGGUAAGUACUAAGAAAAACUUAGUCAUUUGUGUCCUUUGUGUAUUUGAAUAAUUGCAAACCUGCUCAUGCCUCUGCAAGCAAGAUGAAGCAUUGAGUUUCAGAAAGACACUGGAAUGAUUUGAGUUUGGAAACUGGAGUUCCAUGAAGGUUUGCAAACUUUAAACUAUGUCAUAUCUGAUAAACAUAAACUGUAACAUUUACUUGAUUUGCAACAAGUCUAACUAAAUGAAGUGAUAAAAGAUUGCUUUUGCUGUUAUUUUAUUUUUGCUGCAAAAAUAAGAAAUAUGCAAAUAUAUUUGCAUAUUUCUUUGUUUUAUGUGGAGGGUUAUAACAAAUGGCAUAUUAACUAAAUCAACAGAGAACAACUCUCUCAGGAAUAUUUUGUAUAAAAAUCAGACAUACAAUGUGAAAUAUUAUGAUGCUGCUGUAUAUAUUUUCAAGGUCAUUGAUGCUAACUUCAGAUGAAUAUUCUGAUUAUUUCAAACUGUUGAUCUGGAUCUGUCCAACUUUACUUGAAGUCUUGAGGUAGAUAUUUCAGUCAAAGCUGUAUCGAGCUGCCCCUUCAGACCGCUCCAAUGUGCUUCACCUUCGAAAGGAUCUAAAAGGAAGUUCCAACCUCUUAUGUUAAAUUUAUCAAGCGAAUGUUUUCAUCUCACAAUACUGUUCUGUAUUUGUUUCAAACAGAAAAACAUCUGAACAUCAGUGACAUCAUUUUGUUGCAUGUAAUUUUAAAACUGUGAUCACAAAUAGAACGAUAAGUGCAUCUAUAAAGACUUUGAAACAAAAGCAUGCACUGAACAUACUUAAAAGCCUAUGCAAGAACUAAGUUUAGCUUUUGGUUAUUGCUUUCCAAGAAACACCUGGUCAUGUGUCACAGAUGUCUUGGUCAGUUCAGUAAGGUGGAGGAAUUUCUGAUUGUAGUGACUUACUAGUGCAGCCCUACCUUCAUUUAUUGUUUUUUGUCAAAAAAAUGUUCAAAGUUUCAGAAGAUAACAUUUUCUGAAACUUAGUUGGUUGUAAAAAGAGUCUCAAAUCUGCCGUAUCAAGGGAUUUAAAAGGAUUUUGUUGUUUUGUUUGUAAGAAGAGCAAGUUUAUUUACAAGAUUCCCAUCAUGCAUCUGUUUUGUCCAACUUUGAUUUAGAGAGCAUUUCACAUUCAUGCUCAAUGUAUAAGACCUAUUUGUGUUUUUUUUUCCAUGUGUGUUAAAAUGUGUGUUUGUGCAAAAACAUUUGAAUUUAUUUUUCAGGAAGUAACCACUGGGUUGAAUUAGGUAAGCCGUGAGCUUUUACUUUGAGCUAACCUAUAAUGAAUGCUUGAUUAUAAUUAUUAUAAUGGAUAAACAUUUAAAUAAUGGAACUCCAUUAUUUCCAAAUCACUGUAAAGUAUUUUUUAUAGUUUAUUCCUCACUUCAAGUGAAUUUACCUUUUGUUUGGUCUUCUGAAGAAAUACAGUGAGGCUGUCCAAUAGUGACCCAUGCAAGCUCUCUGACAUCCUGAUAAUAAUCUAAUAUAAUAAAUGAUCACUGUUCAUUUAGGCUCAGAAUUUCCAAAUCACAGGUCUGUUAUCAUUGUUCAUUCAACAUAUCUGUGAUAAAAAGGACUUUUAGUUUUAAAAUUUGCAAUGAGUUCCAGCAGUAAUCUCUCUUCUAUAUGACUUCAGGUUGAGGGAAAGGCAAAACUUUUGACCUCAUCCCCUUCAUGUCUCCGUCUCUUGCUCCUGAGCCAUAAGUUGCUAUAUGUGAACUUGUUGUUUUCUACAAAUUGUUUUAGAUUCAUUCCAAAUGCAUGUGCAGGACACCGACUAAACUGACCUUAAUGUGAAUGUUCUUUUGAAAGGAAGUCUUUCCUCUGCUGAUAAAAAAGUUAUCUCUUCUUCUUUUCGCUGUGAGAGGAGAAAGCAAUUUUAUGGAUUAACAGGAGUACACAGUGUCAGAGUAAAGUGUGCAAAUGGAUUGAGCUUCACAAGUUUUGUGUUUUGAGAUUUUAACAGCAGAUUGAAAUGGAGCAGAUGAAUGUCUCAGUUUUCAGCAGUGCUUUAAGUGGAACAAAAGACAUGCUGUUAGGUACAUCUGUCUCUUCACAUAUAGAUCAAAGGUAUUAUUGUACAGAAAUGAGAAAGAAGCAAAUUUCAGUGUCAUGGUCAAUGGUGUUAACAUGGACAUAUAAAAAAAAAUAAAGAUAUAAAAUAAAAGCUUCUUAAAGACAUAAAGAAGUGAAAGACUUGAGUUUUUACUGUUGUGGGACAUAUAAAAUGUAUACUACCAAUGGACUAAGACUCAUUUAACGUUUCCAAAAUUCCCAUUCCGCUGUGGGGUAACAUUUAAAAGUGCUUCUACUGCGUACCGAUGCAUACUGGCCCACUUAAAGCACUGACUUUCAGAAUAAAAGUUGACAUAGUCAUGGUAUUUUUUUACCCACUUCCUCCUCCUUGUUUUUACAGCAAUCCUAUUAUCAUUUUUUAAUCAAAAAUAAAUUGUAUGUUUGCCCUGUUGAUUUUGUGAUCACAAUAAAGAGACAGAAAAUAAAUUACCUUAAUGAUGAGAGGCUUCCAACAACUAAUGAAUGAGUUUAUGCAAUAAAGAUGCUGAAUCUGAGUAUAUUGUCAAAACACUGGAGAGAAAAAAAAGUACAAAGUAUCUUCCACUGUACACAAUGUAUUUUGAUUGAAUGUCAAGCCUGGUAUUUACAUUUUCUAUUUUUAAACAUGUAAAAAUGAAUACAAAUGUUGAAAAGAGACUUAUAAAAAAGCUAUGCUGUAAAAGAAAACACCAAGUUCUGAGUGAAUGCUAAUUUACUUGAUCAACUACCCUUUUAAAGAAUAGGAUGAAUAAAAGAACUUAAGAAUAUUACAUUAAAAAAAUGUUUGGAAAAAAAUAACACAUUCAGUUGAAUGAGAAAACUUCAGACAACAAAUAAAAAUAUGACUUUAAGAAAUUUUA